AUGGCAUUCGCACGCAGACUAGCAAUCCUCCCAGGAGGCCUCGGAGGCCUAGGCUCAAGCAUAGGCAAAAAGCUGCACUCCCAAGGCGCAAGCCUGGCAAUCCUCUACGCUCCUUUCGAAGCCGCCAGACGCGACGAACUCCUAGAACAAGGCUACGGAAGCAAAGAAGGCAGCAUGGACAACAUCCGCACGUACGAAUGCGACAUCACAUCGCCGGACUCAGUGCAAUCCGCCUUUGAGACUCUAUCAACCCACCCUUUCUCGGGAAAAGAGAAACCAUUCCCAAGUAUCCUGAUCAACACAGCUGGCUAUGUCUCCCUAUCCAAUAUGGAAAUCACACCGCCGGAAGAGACACUCAAACAUCUAACGACUAAUAUGCUCGGUCCGAUGCUCUGCUCGCAGGCAUUUGCAAGGAGUUAUUUCGCUGCUUCGGAGUCCGAACAGUCGGCUUCACCGACGGUUCCAGCUCCACCGGGGAGGAUUGUUAGUAUUUCUUCUCAAGCUGCGCAUGCCGCCUUAUAUCGCCAUGGCGCAUAUUGUGCGUCCAAGGCUGGUUUACUAGGGUUGACGAGGAGUAUGGCUUCGGAGUGGGGCGGAAGGGGGAUUACGGCUAAUACGGUUUCGCCGACUGUUGCUUGGACAGAGCUGGGGAAGAAGGCUUGGGGGGAGGAUACGGUUAGGAAGGCUUUCUUGGAGAGCAUUCCUACUGGCAAGUUUGCGUUGCCGGGGGAGGUUGCCGAUGCGGUUGUUUUUCUUUGUCAGGAUUCUAGUGGGAUGAUCAAUGGAGCGGAUAUUCGGGUAGAUGGUGGCUUUACGAUUCGGUAG